UCCAAGAUGGCGGCUUCCAGUGGUCCGCAUCAUACAUCUUCGCAUUUGAAAUCUAAAUAUGACCAUCUUCCAGUCGUUUAAACUUCUGAGGCGGCAGACCAGAAGCAGCCGAGCAGGGCUGAGCUGUAGCCAGUGAAACGCGGAAACUGUUUCUCCAUGGUUUCUUCGUGUGAGGAGCCGGGUACGGUGUCAAUCUAAAGGGGCUGUGUUGUCCGAGUAUGGCCACCGAGAACAGGAUCAAUUUUUGGAGGAGAAACGCAAAGGUUCCUGGAAGUGUGCAGCCAGUGUAUGGAGCACAGCAUCCACCUCUCGACCCACGAUUGCGACGCACUUUUCCCAAAGACACAAAACCCAAGUUCAACAAUCACAAGUCUAAAAAGGCCUCUAGCUUCCACGAGUUCGCCCGCAGCACCAAUGAUGCUUGGGACAUCGACGAUGAGGAUGAGGAGGAUUUCCUGCCAUCUGGCCUGCACUCUACAUCAACACAAAUCCAGCAACAGCAGAAUCAGCCUGGUGACACAGAAACUGGGAUGUCACACAGACUGGCACCUCCCAGGACAGAAGCUCAAAACUUGCAGGAGGAGGACACAGAGUACGAGCAUGUCAACGGCAAAGUCGUCAGGUCGAGUAGUGACGCUCACCUCAGCACGUCUUCAGUUCGCGCUACACUGCAGAAGCAACACACUCUCCCAGUUCGUCCCAUCAUCCCACUGGUAGCUCGCAUCUCAGACCAGAAUGCGUCAGGGGCACCACCCAUGACGGUGCGGGAGAAGAGCCGGCUGGACAAAUUCAAGCAGCUGCUGGCUAGUUCCAACACUGACCUAGAGGAGCUCCGGAAGCACAGCUGGUCGGGCAUACCAAGGGAAGUCCGGCCAAUCACAUGGAGACUUCUCUCAGGCUACCUGCCAGCCAACGAGGAGCGCAGAGAACUGGUGCUAAAAAGAAAACGGGAAGAAUACUUUGGUUUCAUAGAACAGUAUUACCACUCCAGAACAGACGACCACUAUAAAGACACAUACAGACAGAUCCACAUCGACAUUCCAAGAACCAACCCUCUGAUCCCCUUGUUCCAGCAGCCAGUAGUACAAGAGGUGUUUGAGCGCAUCCUCUUUAUCUGGGCCAUCCGUCACCCAGCCAGUGGUUAUGUCCAGGGAAUCAAUGAUCUGGUCACACCCUUCUUCGUGGUCUUCCUGUCUGAGUUUGUCACGGAGGAUGUGGAAAACUUUGACGUGGCAGCACUUCCUCUGGACACCCAGAGGAACAUCGAAGCUGACAGCUUCUGGUGCAUGAGCAAGCUGCUGGAUGGCAUACAGGACAACUACACCUUCGCUCAGCCUGGAAUCCAGAACAAAGUGAAAGCUUUGGAGGAGCUGGUCAGCAGGAUAGAUGAGGACAUUCACAAUCAUUUCAAGAAGUAUGAGGUGGAGUACCUGCAGUUUGCUUUCCGGUGGAUGAACAAUCUGCUGAUGAGGGAGUUGCCACUUCGUUGUACUAUCCGUCUCUGGGACACCUACCAGGCGGAAGCAGAGGGUUUCUCACAUUUUCACCUGUACGUCUGCGCUGCUUUCCUCAUUGAGUGGCGCAAAGAAAUCCUCUCCAUGGUAGACUUUCAGGGCCUUCUUAUGCUACUGCAGAACCUUCCUACAAUCCACUGGGGUAACGAGGAGGUGGGUCUCCUCUUGGCUGAAGCUUACAGACUGAAGUACAUGUUUGCAGAUGCACCUAGCCACUACAAGAGAUAGGCCUAAGGCUGCAUCACAGGAAACACAGUAUCUUUACUCAGCUGUAACUGAAUGGAGCCACAGCAUCUGAGAUGCUCAGGACAUUAACUGUUGUAUCUGAGGUGACCUGGAUGAUACAUGUUGAAGAGCAGCUCCAGCACACUUGCCGGAUGUUAUCUCAGAUAUCCAAAACUUAUCCUGUGAAAAUCAAGUCCAGUGGAUGUCAGAUUGGAUUUGGGUUUGUGUUGCACCUAUAGAACUCAGUGAAUAUGAAACUAUUUGUAGUCAAUAUACAGCACUGUAUCAAAGGACUGUUACAGUAAAUAAACAUAGCUAUGCCAUCUUGGUUUACUUAUGUUAUUUUUGGUCAUGCAGUAUUGUUUGUCUCUCAAGUGAAAUGUACGCUCAGAGGAACUUGGUGCAGCAUAAAAGGAUAAUGAUUGUUUUUGUAAUCAACCUUUUGUGAAAGAUGGUAUCUACAGACUUUCAGUUUGUUUGCUUUUUUCGAGGUUGCUCUAGUUGUUGUUUUACAAGGGAAACAUGUUUUGAAACAACAAUACUAGUCUGACUCUGUCACACUGUUAUAAAUUAGAUUUUGAUUUAGGGUCACCAAAUCUGGACUGUACCAUUAACUUAUCAGUUCAAGUGGAACUGGUAUUUUUGCCUGCAUUUAGGAAGGGAUGCACAUUGGCAUGGGAACUUUAUAUUACUGUCUUUUUAUUGUUAUCUGGGAAAUAAUAGUAGACAGAGGCAAUAAUAUGAAGCCAAACACACAGUUAGUGACGGUGUGCACACAUGUGUAGAAGAACAGCAACAACUGUAGCAGGCAAUACAGUUCUACAAGAGUUUCAAGGGAUGGAAAAGUCACACAUUUUACCACAUGUAAUUGUGUUAGAGCAAUGGAAUAUCAAAUCAUCCAUCUUUGCUUAUCACAUAUUAGCCUUUCUUACCCUCAGGUGUGCAUACAUUGGAAGUGUGGAAACUAUAUUUUGAAAUAUCAAAAAUAUAAAAAUGUGAAAUGUAUCACUUUAUCACAUUCUGUAUGAGAAGCAGGUAAUUAUCAGUUAUCAGUAUUAACUGAAAAAGCCAUAUCGUGCAUCCUUAAGUUUAGGCACAAGACCCAAGGGUAGCAAAAAUAGAAAAUAGUAGAUACUGUGUUUCAUUUAGGUUGAAAGUAGAGAAUCUGAUUUGAUGUCAGUUUGCCUUCUGGUCAUCAUGCAUCAGCUGACCACAAGAAAUGUUUAAUUUUCUUGGGAAAAUCAAUAUAUACAAAAGAGUUUUUAGAAUUUUACCACCUCUGAGUAGACAAAUGGAGACCUUCUGAUUAAUGUAGCUUUGAAAUGUUCAUAUGUGAACUGAUUUGGGUUCACAUUAAUUUUACUAAUAUUAAUCCAAAUUGUAUUAGAUUUUGGACAUCAGAAUUUCUACUUUGGUUUGAGAUUGUAGUGCGUAUUAACGCUCUUCUAACAGGUACUGAGGGACAGUCAGACACACCAUCCUACUUGAGACAGUCCUGAGAGCACAGUGCAGCUCAGAAUAUAUGACAGUGACUUGGUGAUGAGCAUUUGUAAUGUACUCCCCUGUAAUGUCUAUAACUGCUUUGUUAUCAUUAAUGCUUAGAUUUUAUAUUUAUCUAGGUUCAGGUUAGGUUUAUAUUGUAUCUGACUUCCUCCUGUCAGUGACAUGAUGAUGACGUGUGUUACUACUCAUCUUCACUCAUGUCCAGUGCUAAUUGUAACACAAUGUACGUCUGACGGGUAUGACAAUCAUAAGCUUUGGUACUCUUAUUUCCCUACCAUAAGAAGUGUGUGUAAGGUUUUUUACUUGAUCAUUUGCUGCACAUAUGAAAACUGAACUAUUCUGAAGUAAUUGCUGUGUGAGGCUGUAGCAGAGUUUCAGGAUUAAAUGUGAACUAUAUCCCUGUAGACUUCAAUGGAUUGAAUGGAGAGCAUCUUUAAUCUAAUUUUUUGUUUGUUUGUUUUAUCUCUAUGGCAUGUGUUCAGUGUAGUUCCACUUCAUAAGUUGAGAUAGAGCAAGAGCUCAUUUUUAUUUUUGGAAAAAUAUUGACAGUGACUUCAUUGUCAGAUAGUUCACCUAUAAUGUGUUGAAACCCAUCUGAGACAUUUUGAAUGUUGAUUGUGUUACAGUAUGCCUUUAGCCUUAAUGUAGGUUUUCUGCAUUCAGGUGUACCAACUGAUUGUGUCACUACUGAAAUGUCAUUAUUCAGUCCAUGCUGUUUUUAUCUAAAGCUCAUAAGUCCUCAAAAAAUAUUGAUAACUGAAGGCUGACAAAGUGAAAACUACUUGGUUUGUUUCAGAAGUUUUCAUGCUGUUUUAACAAUAAGAUGCCAAAUCUUUAUUGGGCCUGUACAAUCUGUUUUAGAGUGCUUCAGUAGUCAGUGCUGGUUUCAACCUAAAAUUAAGAAUACUUAAAAUUAUUACAGCAUCUGCUGUAUAUAAACUUUUUGUUUAUAUUAAACGGUUGUCCUUCAUUUUGA